ACAAGCAUGCCAAGCUCUGUGCGCGUUUCCAGGCCGCGUCUCGGCACGCCCAACACCUGUUCGCCACAAUGCCACAACCAACAACAACCCAAGCGCACGGCAACGCCGUGCAGCUACCCGGCUCAUUCCCGGACGCCUCUGCUUUCCCGCAGCUCAUCAAGUCUCUCGGCUGCCACGCCGUCACAGUCCAUGCGCAUGUCUUGAAGCUGGGACUUAUGUCUGAUCGCUACAUCCGCAAUUCGGUCUUGUGUUACUACGCAAAGUAUGGGCCUUUCUUGUGUGCACUGAGUUUGUUUGAUGAAAUGCCUGACAGAGGAAUUGUUGACUGGAAUUCAAUGCUCUCAGGGUUUUGGAAAUGGAGUAGCAAGGAAGAUGCUUGCAAGGUGUUUGAUGAAAUGCCUGAGCGCAAUGUUGUUUCUUGGACUGUGAUGGUUAGUGGACUUGCGAGGGCUGGAGAGUUGGAGGAGGCACGGAGAGUGUUUGAGUUAAUGCCGGAAAGAAGUGUCGUCUCAUGGAAUGCAGUGCUUUCGGGUUAUGUGAAGAAUGGGCUGCCGGAUGAAUGCUUGUUCUUGUUCAAUAAGAUGAUGAAUUCCGGCGUUCGCCCGAAUGAGACAUCUUGGGUCACUGUUAUCUCUGCGUGCGCGUCCAAGGGUGAUUUGCAGCUUGCUAGAACAUUAGUUCAACAGCUCGAAGAAAGCCGAGUGAAUCUGAAUUUUUAUGUUAAGACCGCGCUUAUAGACAUGUAUGCGAAAUGUGGGUGUUUGGAGAAAGCAAGUGAGAUGUUUGCUACAAUGAAGGAUCGAAAUUCAGUGACAUGGAACGCUAUGAUCUCGGCAUACAUCAGAGGAGGUGAUGUUCAAUCAGCAAGAAAGUUGUUUAAUAGAAUGCAUGCAAAAGAUGUCAUCUCAUGGAACACGAUGAUCUCAGGCUAUGUGCAACAUGGACAAUGGACGAGAGCAAUUGAGCUAUUCAAAGAGAUUUCAUUGUUGAAUAAUAUGAAACCGGAUGAAUUCACAAUGUCAAGUGUUAUCGCAGCUUGCGGGCAUCUUGGUAUCAUAGAGUUUGGCCGAUCGUUAGUUGAUUACAUUGCUGAAAACAGGAUUCCCUUAAGCCUUUCAGGGUAUAAUUCGCUGAUUUUCUUUUAUUCAAGGUGUGGGAGUUUGGAAGAAGCCAAGAAAAUUUUCGAAGAAAUGCCCGAGAGGGAUGUGUUUUCAUACAAUUCAUUGAUAUCUGGCCUUGCCGCUAAUGGCAAUGGUUAUGAGGUUCUCAAGUUGUUGAAGAAAAUGAAGAAUGAUGGAAUUGAACCAGAUGCCAUCACAUAUAUCGGAACACUUACUGCUUUGAGCCAUUCCGGACAACUAGAUGAAGGUUUCCGAGUGUUUGCAAUGAUUAAAACUCUGACCGUAGAUCACUAUGCAUGCAUGGUAGAUCUAUUAGGCCGUGCUGGCCGAUUAGAUGAAGUGAUGAGUUUGAUCAGUGAGAUGCCCGUGAAGCCACAUUCGGGAGUUUAUGGGGCUCUACUUAAUGCGAGCCGCAUUCACAAACGUGUUGAUCUUGGUGAGUUUGCGGCGAAAGAGCUCUUUGAGCUUGAACCAGAAAAUUCAGGCAACUACAUUUUGCUGUCGAAUAUGUAUGCCUCGAAUAGAAGGUGGGAAGAAGUGGAGAAACUAAGGAAAAUGAUGAGAGAAAAAGGUGUAUUAAAAACGGUUGGAUCUAGUUGGUUAGAAUUUUCGCGGGAAAAUUCAUCGGUUUGUCUCUGGCGAUCAAUCACAUUGCCGAUUGGAUGAUAUAUAUCAAGUGUUGGAGGAUUUGGGGGAAAGGAUGAGAACAAUGGGGUAUAUAGCUGAUAGAAGUUGUGUUCUAAGGGAUGUAGAAGAUGAAGAGAAGGAAGAGAUGGUGAGAGCUCACAGUGAGAAGUUGGCAGUUGGAUUUGGACUGCUUGUUUUGGAGGGAGGGAUAGUGAUUAGAGUGGUGAAAAACCUUAGAAUUUGUGAGGAUUGCCAUGUUUUUAUUAAGAUGGUUUCAAAGUUGGAGGGGAGAGUGAUCAUGGUGAGGGAUAACAACAGGUUUCAUAGCUUCAUAGAUGGCAAAUGUUCUUGCAAUGAUUAUUGGUGAAGUUUAGGUACUAAAUACAAACUAUUGUAAAUUGUGUUUGAUUAACGUUAUUUGUACCGAAUAACUUUUACUGAA